CAUUCAGAGCAGAACGAUGUGCGACAUAUUUCACGCUGUUUAAACUCAAAUCGUUCGUUAUCAUCUCUUGAUUUUUUUACAGUUUCAAAUCAGAUGUGAGAAAGGUUUCAGUUAUCCUCGAGAAAUCGUUCUUACAAGAUGUUUGUGAUAUUCGCAGUGUUGAUACUUCAUUUUUUUCCAGCGUUUUCCCAAGACGAAUCAUAUUUCGACGUUUUCUCUAUACCGGGUGUGCCAUGGAAAACUAGGGAUCCUCACAAACUGGAAAGGCCUAAAGAUGAGCUGUACUUGGAGACUGGGGGUUAUAAACUGGAAGAUUUCUUGGGAAAUUACCGGAAAAACCUCAGAUACAAGGGACAGGUGGGAAACGCUUAUAGGAGACAUGAAAAGAGGAACGACAGUGACGUAUGGACGGACGUGGAGAAGUACAGCGACUACAAGAGAUGGAGCAACCAUGACAAAGAUAGUGCGACGGAUCAGAACGAGAAGAAGCAGGACCAGUUCGAGGUCCAAUCGCAACAGACCAGAAAGAAAACUUGGAAGGACAGAAACGACGAUUUACAAUCGGAAUACGGCGAUUUUACAGCGCCCAACGACAGGAAAAAACAGAGGUUCGAACAGGUACCGAUAAAACACGCUAACGCGUCCAGGAAACCCGAAGGUUUCCGACCCACCGGCCUAUCCCACGUCCAGAAGAUCACAAAGGCCGAAGUCUCGAACCUGACCAAGCAGAACGUGAACCGUAUGCUCAGGAACUUCGUGAACAGGCUGUAUAGGCGGAAAUACGGCGUUUCCAGAUACGCCGAGAUAGAUCCCGACGACAUAGACGGCGAGAAGAGCAAGUUUUUCGGCAACGGAUUGGACGCGUUGGCGUUGCUGAAGAACAAGACGAAGAGCAUCGCCAACAAGUUCCUGAACGUGUUCCAGGUGGUCAAGUUCAACAACACGGAGUGUCAGGCCACCCUGAACGGGUUGAGUUACCUGGGGGUCUGCUAUUUGGCCGCACAAUGCGACAGCUUGAACGGCACGGCAGGAGGCAGUUGCGCCGAUGGAUACGGGGUAUGCUGUGUGUUCAGAGGUAGCUGCGGAGGAGGAGCCUCUCAGAACUGCAGUUAUUUCGAGAGCCCAAACUACCCAGACUACUACCCUUCGAACGGCGGCGUGGCACCACCCGUUCCGACCCCCACUCCAACCCCUGGCACGACGACGCCAGAUUUACGUCCCGAUCCCAGGCUUCCGAUGUUGCCUCGCGGCAAUUUCGGCAGGCAGAUGGGGGCGUUGGAGUGUACCUUCAGCGUUUCCAAGGCUUCGUCCGAUAUACAGCAGAUGCGGAUAGAUUUUUUGGAUUUUGAGCUCCUGGGGCCUACCGAUGGAAAUUGCAUCAACGAGAUGUUUGUCAUUACUGGAAACGGGUUGAACAAUCAGAUUCCUUCCAUUUGUGGGUAUAACACUGGGCAACACAUUUACGUGGAUGUUUCCAUGCUGAGCGGACCUCUAAUGUUAUCGGUACUUUCCAACAUGUCCUACAGGAAAAGAUUUCGGAUUAGAAUUUGCCAAUAUUCACAAUCGGCCUGCAUUACCCCCAGCAACUGUUUGCAGUAUUACACGGGAACCAGUGGUAUAAUUCAAUCGUUCAAUUACGAUCAGGCACUUAUGUUGAGUCGAAGUUCCCCAUCUUAUUUCAAUAACCUCAACUACGCCAUCUGUAUAAGACGAGAGGCUGGCUAUUGUUCUAUAACCUACUCAAAUGUGAUGAACGGACUAGAAUAUCCUUUUGAGCUGGUUAAUUACGCUGCAAAUGGCCAACCAACGGUCAUGAUGGGACAGGCAGGUAUAGAAACUUUCGAUUGUCCAAACGAUUAUAUAAUCAUAAACGGGGUGAGACUCUGCGGAACUAAAUUAAAUGAUGGCAUGACGAAUCCAGAUCUGACUGUGAAUGCACCAGUUACAGAUAAUAGCUUGGGACCAAUUGUUAUCCAAGUUAGAACAAAUGGCUCAGCAGUUGGCAGAGGGUUUAAGUUAUUUUAUACACAAAAUAGAUGUUCUUAAUACUUCAAUUGGAAUUUAUAACAUUAUUUAAUAUUUAUUCAUGAUGAAAACAAUAAAUGAGUAAAGGAAAAUGAGUAUU